AUGCUAGAGGCGUUGCGAGAGCAGGAGGAAGAGCGCCGACUCUGCGCGGGGCCCCUCGCAACUUCGCUGCUCCGUUCCUGCGGGAGCGUAACUGCUGGGGGCAGCAACCGGGCAAGAGAAAGGGCGCAAGCGACCGUACACGAGGCCCUUCGCUGUCUGAAAGCCAACACCGGUAACAGCAACAGAAAUAGCGCCCAUCGCGACGGGCCGGAGUCACUCCUCGGAGACCUGCUUUUGGAUAAAGAAUUUGGGGGUGCCCUUAACUCCUGGGUGGGCGACCAACGGGAAACAGCAGGGCCCGCAUGGCUUGGCGGCGUGACCCAGGACAGCGACCAAACAUUCUUCGAGCAAAGAAACAAUAACGGCGCCAUUGUGACCAGUGUUCGCGUCAUUGGAGGCACCGCCGACCAGCACCAUCAGCAUCGGCCGCCAUCCAAAGCUGAUAUCAGGCGCGAAGAUCUACUGUCGGCCAUUUCUCGAGUAACGAGACACCAUAUAGAGCCAGAGUGGGCGGCAGUAGAACUUCUGGACUGCAUCGAAGAGGAGCUCACCCCCCGGCGGGAAGGGGAGCAGCAGCAGCUGCAGCGGUCAUCUCAGAUGAUGUUGGAUGCGAUCCGGGUACUGCCUGCGCCGGAGGCGGGGGAUGUUUUUGUCACCUGCGCCGCCAGGGGGCACGUCGGCGUCGUUCUCUUCUACUUCGAGGAAGGGCUGCCCAUCGACCACUCUCACACGACCCUCAAGUACCAGGCCUUGCAUGCGGCGGUGGAGUUCGGGCACUUGGACAGCGCUCGCCUGUUGGUUGCCAUGGGGGCUAAGGUGGACGCUCGCGGCGGUGCGGAAGACAGGAGCCCCCUCUUCCUAGCCGCCUUGGCCAAACGCUGGGACGCGUGCACCUGGCUGCUAGAAGUCGGUGCAAGCAAGAUUAUCCGGGACAAGAAAGGUCUCACGGCAUAUCAGGCGAUGGCGGCGAGCAGUGACCCGGAGGUGGCGGAGCGUUCGGGGAUGCUGACGGACCCGCCGCAGAGGAUCGUCUCGGUCUCGUGCCGAGGCAUCACGCACAACACCCUGGACCUGACCUGGAGCGAGCCGCUGAGGAGCUACGACGAGGAGGUCUUCGUGGGUUAUCUGGUGGAAUGGCGGCCAAUGCGGUCGCGACCUGUGUGUCCCGCCCACAGCAGACACGUCGCCGAGAGGGUAAGACCUCCGCGCAAGGGCAAGAAGAAGAGAGGACGGGCGGGCUGGCAGGGCGCGGAGAUCAGGCCGGGCACAGCGGAAGAGGCAUGCACUACAUCGCACCAGGCGUUCUCUAUGGGGGGGGACAGGGACGCGCUAGGCGCGGCGUCGGCCUCCUCGCUCCGGCGGCCCAACACCGGGGGAGGGGAGACCACCGCAGAUGAGGCCCUCCCUUGGAAGAGGCGCGAGGUGGAAGCGUUUCCACUCCGGCUCAAACACCUCUAUCCGGCGACGAACUACAUGGUGCGCGUCUCGGCGCAAACCCUCGCCGGCUACGGCGUCCCGUCGCGAGAGGCCCUGCUCCGCACUCGGGUUUCUCCGCCGUCAGCCCCGAAGGAGGCGGCCAACAUGGUGUCGGCGACACCCAACAGCAUCACCGUGGGCUGGGUGCCUCCCAAGUACGAGAACGGUGAGCCUAUCACCAGGUACGAGAUCCAACGGCUGGUUCUCGACCGGCAUCACCCCGAUUGGGACAAGGGGCGUGUGUUGGCCAAGACUGGGAGCAGUGAACUCCUCACUACCACCACCACUACCACCACCACCAGCGAUUGCAGUGGCAGCGACAACAGCAACGGCAACGACGAGAGCACGAACACCGUUACCGUAACGACUUCAACCAAUUCUAUCUGCUCUGCCUCGAGAACCCAGACCGAGGCAACACAAGCUCCAGCAGAGACGCCCGCGUGUGUUGGCUCCGGUGUGGAGUCGGGCUCUACUGAAGAAUCCAGGGUCAAGCUACCUUCGGUGUCGGGAGGAGGAGGGUCGGGGACGGGGGCGAUGGACGAGGACAAAAAGAAGAUCGGAGUAUGGAUCGGGCGAAGGACGGACAAACUGUCUCCCUAUCAUACCGCGGGGGGGCUUCCCACCUACUGCAGGGCUCUGUUCCGGGUGAGGGCGGGGAACCUGGCCGGAUGGGGUCCUUGGUCACCCUCGAGCGACGCCCUGGAGGCCCAGGACAUCAUCCUGCCCAUCAAAAGAGGGGCCACCCAGAUGCUCAUGCGUUGGUUCAACAAGCCCGAUGGGGACGUCUUGCGAUGGGAGUUGUCGAGGCGGGUCUUCAAGUACGGCACAGACUUUAGGGGCGACAAUGACGACAGCUGGAUUUUGUGUUCGAGGGAUAUUCCUGGUUUACGCGAAGGCGAGAGCACGUUUCGCUGCAAAGGUCUCAUGCCCGGAACAGAGUACCAGUUUCGGUUGCGCGCGUACUCCAACGGCUGCUGGCAGGCCAGCGAGGAGUCCAUCGUGAGCAGUCCUUUCAAAACGAUCUGCUCGCCGCCGGACGCGCCCCCCGCCUGCCCAUGCACCCGCCAGCUGGCAUCGGACCCGCUUGUGGUAGGGGGAAUGGUCGACACUGGGGCCUUGUUGUCGGCCGAUGCCGAAGAACCCGCAACAAGCGGUAUCACGAGGGGAGACAAUCGUCGUGAUGGUGAUGGUGAUGGUGAUGGUGAUGGUGGGGGUGUCGACGGAAGGGGGUCCGUGGACGCGGGCGGGGAUGCUGCCUUCUCGAGGAGAACGAGGGCGGCGGCUGCGGCGGCCGCUGUUGUCCGAGGAAAGGCUCGCGCGGAAGAAGACUUCGCCGACACCGGAAGAGAUGUCAAUGGUUGCGCAGAUGCCGGCAGCGAAAGCCGUUACGACGGCCACAGCAGUGGCAGCGGUGGCGACGAUGGGAGGACGGAAACGCAUGGUGACCAGGGUGCUGGUGAGGGAGUCGGCAAGGCCGCUUGCAAGAGUAUCGUCCACGGGGAGGGGAGGGCGGAGGUGAUGGGGCUCGAGGUAAAAGAUUGGGACAAAUGUGUCCGAACAAGCAGGGACGACGAGGAAAUAAUCCGGCGACGGACGCACGAAGCGACAUCCCAGGCGGAAGAGCAGGACGAGGUGGGCAUGGAGCAAACUGGUGCGCGAGGAGUGCGGUUGAGCAACGAUGAAGCGGAAAGCAUCGGGGAGUCGCCUUUCCUGCCUGAGUUAUCGGGCGAUGCCACGACGAAGAGAAAUCACGGAGAACUGGAAGAAGGGAAGAGCCGAGAGGAUGAGAGUGUGGAAGACUUAGCGAAAACAGCCAAGUUAUGCUCGAGCGCGUCGACGACGAUGGUGCUAGAGUGGGACGCGGGUUGUACUAAUGGGUCGAUCACUACCAACUACGAGGUGUGGGGCGUGGCAGACUCCACCCAAGGCCAAGACAAGACGAGCGGAAGUGGCAAAUGGACACUGGUAGCCUUGACGAAGGCCGCACCGACGGCAACCCUGAGUGGGUUGCGCGAGGCGCAACCAUACCGAUUCAAGGUCCGAGCCCGCAACGGGCUCGGAUGGAGCGAGUUCGGCCCGCCUACCCCACCGGUUGUCUUGAACCCGCUGCGGCCUUGCGAAGCGCCGGAGCUGGUGGACCGAGGCAUAACAUGGCUGGCUUUGAAGCUACGCGCGCCACCAGGGGCGGGGCUUCUGCUCGGCUUUGAGAUGCACAUGUGCCGGUGGGCCCCCGGAAUGAGCGAGGGUGAAGAAACGUGGCGCCUAGUGGUGGACUCCCAGAGAGAGCAAGGUGGUCGAGAGGACCCCUCGAACUCUUCGACAACAACAACAACAACAACAACAGCAUCCCCAUCGUCAAGGCGUGAGGAGUCCCGCAUGGUAUGGGACUUGAAGCCAGGGGCGGGCUACCGCUUCAAGGCGCGCGCACGAACGGUGUUUGGUUGGAGCCCCGGAGGGCCCGCGAGCGACGUGUACAACACUGCGAGGCGUUUUUGA